UCCCGUUCCCUCCAUCCCCGCGGGGGCCGCCGAGGGGGGCGUUCGGGGGCGGUGGAGAGGGAACCCCCCCCCCACCCGGCUGUGCAUCCCUCCGGAGCGUGUGCAUCCUUCCAGGGGCCGUGCAUCCCUCCGGAGCCUGAGCAUCCCUCCGGAGCCUGAGCAUCCCUCCGGAGGCCACGCAUCCCUCCGGAGCCUGAGCAUCCCUCCGGAGCCGGAGCACCCUUCCAGGGGCUCUGCAUCCUUCCAGGGGCCGCGCAUCCCUCCGGGGGCAGCGCGUCGCCCGGCGGCCUGGGGGGGGCCGGGGGGGCCGGGGACUCAGCGGGGCCGCGCCGGAGGCAGGCGGGCCGGCGAGAGGGGGGUCUCGCCCGCCGGGGCCGGCUCGCCCCGCGCUGGAUGGAAACGAGCUGCAUCCAGGCUGCCAUGGCUCUGGGGCUCUCGUCCAAGAAAGCAUCGUCCAGGAACAUCGCCGUGGAGAGGAAAAACCUCAUCACCGUCUGCAGGUUUUCGGUGAAGACCCUGCUGGAGAAAUACACGGCGGAGCCCAUCGACGACUCCUCCGAGGAGUUUGUCAACUUUGCCGCCAUCCUCGAGCAGAUCCUCAGCCACCGCUUUAAAGGUAGCGCUGGCACACGCGGGUCGGAGGCGGGCUGGUGGCCACGGGCCGGUCCCCGUGACCGCGGCCCCCCGGUGCCCCCAGGCCCCGUCAGCUGGUUCAGCUCGGAUGGGCAGCGCGGCUUCUGGGACUACAUCCGCCUGGCCUGCAGCAAGGUCCCCAACAACUGCGUCAGCAGCAUCGAGAACAUGGAGAACAUCAGCACCUCCAGGGCCAAGGGCCGGGCCUGGAUCCGCGUGGCCCUGAUGGAGAAGCGCAUGUCCGAGUACAUCUCCACCGCCCUGCGGGACACGCGGACCACCAGGAGGUUUUACGACGACGGGGCCAUCAUGCUGCGGGAGGAGUCCACGGUGCUCACCGGCAUGCUCAUCGGGCUCAGCGCCAUCGACUUCAGUUUCUGCCUGAAGGGCGAAGUGAUGGACGGCAAAACGCCCGUGGUCAUCGACUACACGCCCUACCUGAAGUUCACGCAGAGCUAUGACUACCUGAGCGAGGAGGAGGAGCGGGGCAGCGUGGAGAGCAGCACGAGCGAGGACAGCUCGCCCGAGCGCCCCUACCUGCCCCUGGUCACCGACGAGGACAGCUGGUACAACAAGUGGCGCAAGAUGGAGCAGAAGUUUCGCAUCGUCUACGCCCAGAAGGGGUACCUGGAGGAGCUGGUGCGGCUGCGGGAGUCGCAGCUGAAGGACCUGGAGGCGGAGAACAAGCGGCUGAAGAUGCGCCUGGAGGAGGUGACGGUGCAGAACCAGCUGGAGAAGAGGGAGCUGGAGGGCGUCAUCCUGGAGCUGCAGGAGCAGCUGACGGGACUGAUCCCCUGCGAGAACACGCAGCUGGCCCAGCUCUCCAAGGAGAUGGUGACGCCCCUGGUGAACCAGUGGCCCUCGCUGGGGACGCUCAACGGCAACGAGAGCGGCUCCGACGGCAAGCUGUACCGCAGGCACAGCUUCGGCAGCGCCGACCAGCUCUCGGCCGAGAACAGCCUCAGCUCCGACUCCCAGCGCCUGGGCGAGGGCAAGCGCGAAGGCGAGCCCUGGGGGCCCUUGGGGAAGGACCCCACGCCGUCCAUGCUGGGGCUCUGCGGCUCGCUGGCCUCCCUGCCCAGCUGCAAGUCCCUGGCCAGCCUCAAGUCCAACGAGUGCCUGGUGAGCGACAGCACCGGCGCCAGCCCCAGCCGCAGCCCCAGCUGAGGCCCCCGGCCCCCGCCGCGGACUGAGCCCCCCCCCGCCGCCCGCCGAGCACCGCCGACUCGCCGAACCCACCGGGGAAGCGGGGAAGGGCGGCUCGUCCCCCCCGCUGUCUCCCCCCCCCCGCCUUCAACACCCUGCACCGGCUCGCCGGACCCCCAGCCCGGUCCCUGGGGGGAGACGUGGACACGUCGGGACGCUGGACCGGGACCCCCGAUGCCCCCCCGCGUUGGGGACGGGGUGACGAACUGCGCAGGGGAUGCCGGGGGCAAAGGAGGGGGGUGUGGGGCAAUCCCCCCCCAGCUGUCCCCGGGCCCUGCUCUAUGGGGACAGCCGUCCCGGCAUCCCACCCCACGGUGCUGGGGGCACCCCCAGGGGGUCUUCGCCUCCCCCCCCCCAGUGCUGCAGGGACCCUGCCUCAUCCCCCCUGCACCUCUGUGCAACAGCAUCCCCGCAGGGGGAACGGGACCCCCCCCCCCCCGCCUUCCCCUUCCCCGCUGGGUUUCGGGCUGUUUUGGGUGUUUUUGGUUUUUAAUUCAGCCCCGUCUGCCUUGUUGGAGCAAAAGGAAUCAAUAAACGCAGCGAUACGA